CUCGCCCGUGAACUAUCUCUCUCUCUAUCUCACUAAUCCCCGCAACAGGCAACCGGCGAGCAUUUCGAUGUACAUUCCCCUUCCUCUGCUCCUCCCAGUCUGCGUCUGCCCGUCCUCUUCCCUUCCCCCUUCAGUAGGGGGAACACUUCCAUUCCCUACGUGCUCGAAUGCUCGAUCGAUCCAUGAAGUGGGCACCGGAGCAGCAGGCUCUCGGGGGCCUCGGCCUCGCCGGCGUCUGCCGGGAGACCUGCCGUGUGAUCCGCCGCGCCAUGCUCCCCAACUUCGUCAACCUCGGUCCCCCGCUGCUCUCCGCGCUCUUGCUCGCCACCCCCGCCCUCUGCUCCCGCGUCCUCGCCGACCUCCACCACGACGGCCCCGGCCUCCUCCGCCUCGUCACCGACCGGCUCGCCUUUUUCCUCUCCGUGGCCGUCUCCAUCGGUCUUGUCCUCCUGCUCGUGCUCCUCUGCACCGCCGCCUACGUCUUCUGCGUCGCCUCCCUCUACUGCACCGGAGGCGACCUCCGCGCCGCCGAUCGCGUCCUCAGGGGGUUCCCCACGGCCCCGCUCGUGCGGCUCGUCUGCACCUUCCUCCUCGCCGCGGCCCCCUUCCUCGUGGUCUGCGCCUCCCUCUUCGUCGCCGCCUUGUUCCAGCUCCAGGAGCUGCUCGACGCUCCGGACAAGAACAAGAUCAUGCUGCCGCUGCAGCUGCUGGGAUGGGCUGCGUGCCUCGCCGGCGCGGCCUACGUCGCCGUGGUGUGCCAGCUGGCCUGCGUGGUGUCCCUGCUCGAGGACGCCGUGCUCUUCCGCGCCCUGCGCAAGAGCCGCGCGCUCCUCGCCGGCAAGUUCUGGGCGGCCGCCGGCGUCUUCGUCACGCUCGACGGGUGCAUCUUCGCCCUUCUGGUGGCUUUCCCGGCCCUGGUGGUGGACGAUGCGCUGGGCCUCGGCCUCGGGUUCCAGGUGGCCGCCGGGGCCGCGAUGGCGGUGGCGCUGUGCGCGGUGGUGCUUUCGACGCUGGUGGCGCAGCCGGUGGUCUACAUGGUGUGCAAGAACCACCACCACGAUGUCGUCGACAAGGUUCACCUCGACUGAGUAAGAGCGGCCGUCACACCGGCGUGGAGCGGCUGCAGCCCGUCUGAGACGGAGCAGAUUCCAGUAACUCUGCCUAGCUAUAGCUGCAUCCUGUCCAUGACUCCAUGGUAGCAACUUGAAGAAGAUUUGCUUAAGUAGUACAGUAGCGUAGUAGUAGCAAGUUGCUGUAGUUGUAAGUUUAUGUCUGAUUAUCACUGUGGCUACUGUACUAUUAGUAGUAGUAGUACAGUAGAUUAGUAUAUGCAUGCUUGGGACUAUAUAUUUGUGGUGGUCUUUGAUGCCUUUUUGGUUCAUAGGAUAGGAUUAUUGUAGGAAUAGGAAUUUUGUAGGAAAUGAGAUGACAUAUAUCUUAGAUCCUAUGAGUAGGAAUAGGAAACGAGAUAUCAUUUGUUUGACAUCAAAGAAAAUUUUUCAUU